GGACGGUCGGCAAAGCCCAGACCCAAGGGGCGCGUGCGCACUAAGGCAACCGGAAAGGCUCCGGGGACGGCCGCGGCACUUAGGGAGCGUAUGCAAAGACCAAGAAAGGAAGCCAGGGGUCGUCAGACAAGACCCCCGCUGGUCUCAGCUAUCCAAUCAGAGGGCCGAGGGGGAGGGACUGCUUGGAGCGUCGAGUGACGUCAGCAGGCCUGGCCGCCAGAAGCGUGACGGACGAGGCUCGCGACUGAGGAGCUGUUAGCCGGCGCCGCAGCGAUAGUCGCUGUAAACAGGGCCUCGCCCCUGCGGGUCCUGCGACAGCUCCUGGCUGGUGGGUGGUCUCGCGUGGGGCGGUAACCGCCAGACGCCGGGGGGAGGUGCUUCUCCAUUUUCCCUCCCCCUGUUGUACACACCCCCGGCGCACCACGUGGGCGUGAAGCUAAACUGGAGGGGGUGUUAGGCUGACUUCUAACCUCAUUGGCUGUUGAUGCUGCCGGCCCGUGCAAGAAAUUGCUCUGAUUGGUCAGUAGAGGGAGGCGUGGGGGGGGUCUGAGUUCUAACGCCUCUGGUUGGUUGUGUGAGAUAAGCUAGUGAAAUGCGUUCUUCCGCAAGGGGUUUUGAUUGGUCAGUCGGAGAGGUUAUCUGGGAUUCAGCCAUCCCGGGCCGGGGACUUUGAUAGGUGAGUUUGGUUAGGAAAAUGGGAAAUUCCUCUUCGUGGACUCUGAUUAGUACGGUAGGGUUGCACCCUAGGUUUCAUAUGGCUUUCUUUGCUUCACAGGAUUGAGAAAGGUUUAUGUUCCCGAUACCCUGGGAGCUGUCAUAGCUAAAGAGAAGGAAAUCUCAGUCUCCUGGAGGGGUCACCCCUCUAAAGAUAGCUUCUGCCCCGUUUCUGGAAACCCUGGUAUUUCUACAGCAGGCUUUGCUUUCACCAAACCCAAGUUGGAGACAGGAGCAGCCCCUGCGCAAGACAUAAGGAUGCUGUAACCAGAAGAUGGGAUCACGGAACAGCAGCAGCGCCGGAUCCGGGUCCUUAGAACCCUCUGAGGGCUUGUCCCGAAGAGGGACUGGCCUGCGUCGUAGUGAGGAAGAGGAAGAAGAGGAUGAAGAUGUGGAUCUGGCCCAGAGGCCAAGUGAGACUGGUGCAAGGAAGAGGUGCAGCAAAUUUACAGCUCAUCCAGGCCCUCUCGGACUCAGAGGAAGAGCAUGACAGUGCCUGGGAUGGUCGCCUUGGAGAUCGAUAUAACCCACCCGUGGAUGCGACCCCCGACACCCGGGAGCUGGAAUACAAUGAGAUCAAGACACAGGUGGGAUUGGCCACGGGGCGGCUGGGACUUCGGAGGACUGCGCUGCAGCAGAGUUUUCCGCAGAUGUUACACCAGAGAGAACGGGGCCUCUGCCACCGGGGAAGCUUCUCCCUUGGAGAACAGUCUCGAGUGAUGUCUCACUUCUUGCCCAAUGAUCUAAGCUUCACUGAUACCUACUCUCAGAAGGCUUUCUGCGGCAUCUACAGCAAAGAUGGUCAAAUCUUCAUGUCUGCUUGCCAAGAUCAGACGAUCCGACUGUACGACUGUCGCUAUGGCCGAUUCCACAAAUUCAAAAGCAUCAAGGCUCGGGAUGUAGGCUGGAGUGUCCUGGACGUGGCCUUCACCCCUGAUGGAAACCACUUCCUGUACUCCAGCUGGUCUGACUACAAGACUUCUCCAGGAGUGCCUCCUGCACAGGAGCUCCCACCUAGAUGAACAAGUCCACCGCUUGCCAAUCUCUCUGUGUGGCUUCCUGAGAGCACUGCCCAUCCUGCCAGAUGAGCGUCGCUUUGCUGUCUUCUCCAUCGCAGUCUCCUCAGAUGGACGAGAAGUACUAGGAGGAGCCAAUGAUGGCUGCCUAUAUGUCUUUGACCGAGAACAAAACCGGCGUACUCUUCAGAUCGAGUCUCAUGAGGACGAUGUGAAUGCAGUGGCCUUUGCUGACAUAAGCUCCCAAAUCCUGUUCUCUGGGGGAGACGAUGCCAUCUGCAAAGUGUGGGAUCGACGAACCAUGAGGGAGGAUGAUCCCAAGCCUGUGGGUGCACUGGCCGGGCACCAGGAUGGCAUCACCUUUAUUGACAGUAAGGGUGAUGCCCGGUACCUCAUCUCCAACUCCAAAGAUCAGACCAUUAAGCUUUGGGAUAUCAGGCGCUUUUCCAGCCGAGAAGGCAUGGAAGCAUCACGACUGGCUGCCACACAGCAAAACUGGGACUAUCGCUGGCAGCAGGUGCCCAAGAUCGCCUGGAAGAAGUUGAAGCUCCCAGGUGACAGCUCCUUGAUGACCUACAGAGGCCAUGGAGUGCUUCACACUCUGAUCCGAUGCCGAUUCUCCCCAGCCCACAGCACCGGCCAGCAGUUCAUCUACAGUGGCUGCUCUACUGGCAAAGUGGUUGUAUAUGACCUCUUGAGCGGCCACAUUGUUAAGAAGCUGACCAAUCACAAGGCCUGUGUGCGUGAUGUCAGUUGGCAUCCCUUUGAAGAAAAGAUUGUCAGCAGUUCGUGGGAUGGGAACCUACGUCUGUGGCAGUACCGCCAAGCUGAGUACUUCCAGGAUGACAUGCCAGAGUCUGACAUGAACAGAGUCUGUUCCAGUGGCCCUACUCCAGUGCCCUGCCCAUCUGUGGCCUUUUCCUCACCUCAGUAGAUCUGACCUCCAGUUCUGUGUAGGGUGAAUUCUCAGCAUAUUCUCUGCCUCCUCCUCCCUUUCCCCUUCUGGGGAGUACGUGGAGGAACUGCUCACACUGGGUGAGAAACAGAAACCCAGGGUCUGGGCCCAGGCUGAGCCUGGACUGACCACCCCCAAACUGGGCCAAGUGGUUUCCUCGUGCAUUCAUACCCAGUCUGCUUGGAUUUCGAUCUCUAGCCAGAGUGUGGCAGGGCAUCCAUUAUCUGGGGUGCCGCUUCUGGCUACAAGAGUCUUGAGUGUGUUUAAUCAUGUUCUGAUGUUAGAUAUUGGCUCAUAGUGUAGACACUUGAGGUCUGAAUGGACCCAUUAGCAGUACCCUUUGCCCAGGUCUUCACACUGAGAGUUAGAUUGGUGGCCAUCAGGGCCAAGUAUACCGAGACCUUUCUUUCUGAGGUCUUCGAGGGUGGACAGGAUGGGUAGGGAGGUGUUUGCCUCAGCAACCUCCUGGGGUGAGAACUAUGUCUGCUCUCAUACUUGGACUUUGAAGUGAAAAGACUGGUCUGAGAGGUAUGGGUCUCAGAUACGGCCCAACUCGCCAUUGGAUCCUAUCAUUGCUGGUGGCCAGCAGCUUCAACAAAAGAGGAUAAAACAGGACUUCUUUCACCUUCUCACUGGCUGUGGCUCUCCCAAUAAACUGUCUGUGGGAAACUGG